AGAAAUGAAGGGGGAUGGAGAAAGGGAUUGAACAAAGCACUGCUGGCCAGAGAUGAGGAGCGUGCAGCAUCAUCAAGGACGGAGGAGGUCAGAGAGAAGGAAAGAUGAGAUCGGAACCAGUGACGUUACCGUAAGCACUGUUCAAAGGAGGAAACGAGAAUGUUUUAUUUCCGCUGCCAAAGAGACAACGGGCACGUCAAAGAGGAAAAUGUGGACAGUUAGGACAAAGUAAGGCCGGAGAAACAGUCACCAGACACAGAAUUGGUCUUUUCACCACAUCUUGGGUUUAGGCGGUUUUUAGUCUUUAAUGUCCUCAGCUGAAUAAUUGAGAGUUGAAGAGACAUUUCGAGGUUAACUCGCCGCCUUCGCUUUGUGUUGCUUCGUUUUGAGGAAGCAGCAGCAGAAGCUCGGCUAGCCAGCGGAAUUAGCCAGCCUGCUAGAGAUGGGGACGAGAGCCAGUCGCCUACAGGAAGACCCGGCUCCCUCUGCUUUCGGAAAAGAUGGCACCAAACGGGAGUCCUACCGGCGACCCCGCCUUACCAGGCCCACCAGCCUCAUGGUUGACUUCUCCGGAAGCUUCGAGGACACGGAGGCCAACCGAAGCAGAUCGGAGGAAGGCAGCGACUCCGACUUAGGGCAUCACGGGGCGAGCGCCGACGGCAGCCCCGCGGACCAGCACAGCAUCCCAUCCAGUAUUAGUCAGGCGUCACCUGCGGACGACAACAACAGCGAGGGUAAACCCAACGAGGACGACGGCAGUACGACACCCAGCGAGGCUGCCGUUGACGCCGAACACCAGUCAGGAGAGGAGACAGGCCGCACUCCCCACCGCACCUUUUCUGAGCGCCUGCCCGGGAGUCGACAUUCAUCCUCCCGCAGCGUUAGCGCCAGAUCCGCCCGCGUCCGAAGCACACACCAGCGGCCGGUUUCCGAGGCUUGGAUUGGCCUUUACCGUGUGAACAACCGCCAUGGCAAUAUCCGCUGUCCUUUCUGUUCAAAGCCUUUCCCGGGAGGUCGGAUUGAGGAUCACCUGUUGAGCUGCCUGACGUCUCCUCCGCUACCGUACAACACGGAUGUGCUAAGUAAAGACAGUGGAGAGUGCUCCAUCUGUUUGGAGGACCUGGUGCAGGGCGAGACCAUCGCCAGGCUGGCCUGUCUCUGCGUCUACCACAAGAGCUGCAUCGACUCCUGGUCCAAGGUGAAGCCUUGCUGCCCUGAACAUCCUUUUGAUUGACUCACAGCUCGCACCUUCUCUGCACAGUGACCAACCCGACUCAGGAGACUACACUGAAUUCUAAUAAAAAUCCCAAUAAUGAUGUGUUGUUGAAUAAAUACCCCACUGUCCAUUGUGCCCCCCCCCCCCCCCCCCCCGUCGCUGUAAAGAAACAAAAACAUUUUAUUUAAAUGGACAAAAGAAGAUUGGACUGCAGUUCUGCUGCCUCUGCUCUCCUUCAUCUGGACCAGCCUUUCUGAACUGGGUCUGAAACAUUUCAAGCCAAACUCUGAUGAAAAAAGGAAACAGCUGCUUGUUCUGAUCUGUGGUGGAGACCCUCGCUGGAACGGAACUGGAGGAGUUUGGUUUAUUUUUCAUUACAGCUCCACAGACUUUACUUCAGUCUGCAAAAGAUGAAAAUUGCCACACAAAAAAAAGGAAAUCAAUUUUGAGUCCAGAUUGUCACACAACCAUGAUGGAAUGCACCCCAGAAUGAUGUUGAACUUGUGGAGGAACGUGUGAAAUAAGUUUUUCUGGACCGGGACUCCUGGACCCUCCUGUGUAUUUUCCUCCCUGUGGAACCGGAUCAAAUCGUUUUUUUCCAAGUAUUUUGCAGAAAAAAGUGUAUUGUUGGGUGUCUUACAUCAGAUGAAUGUUUUCUUUCCUCAUUCUUCCCUCAGCUCACCCCAAAUGAACCCACCUCACACUGAAAGCAUGAACCUUUAACCACAUCAUUACGGCUUUGUUCUCUAACCAGCUGGAGGUUUAGGGUGAGUGGGGUUUUUUAAUGGUAUCUGUUUUCUAUCACCUGUAAACAUUUCAGGGGGCGUGGUCAUUAUAUGGACAGGAACUUGGUGGGACGGUUGAUGAUUUUCCUCAGUCGUAGGUCAGUUUCUCGUAGGUGUUUCUUACACGCUGUGUUCAAUGUGCUGCUAGUUGGUGAGUGUUUUUUUUGGGGGAAGUCGUAGGUGUUUCCUAGGGUCAGAGUAGCACCGAUCCGAGCACUUUUGUUCCUCUAGUUUUCUUUUCUUAUUCCCACAUCAUUUCUGUGUGUGAUGGUGACCAGGGACAGGAAAUGUCCUGCUCAUAUCUUGUAGAAAGCGUGGGAGUGUUUUUACUGUAAACUGCCCAGAAGUCUGCCUGGUCAAGCGGGUUAAAUUUUUUUUUUUUUUUUCUUUUUUUAAACACGAGUCCCUCUGUAUACGUCAUGUUACAUGUGGCAACGGUACGAAACAUUGGCGCUGUUCCACUUCGGAAUGCUGUUUGAAAGAGUAUGUGUUCCAGUAUCCCGCCCGGUCUCUUCUGCCUCGGAGACUCUCUGGGGUGCAGUCCAGAUUUUUUGGACCAGACUCAGAUUUUUUUUUUUUAAAUCUGGCUGCAAUCAAGCUGGAGCCGGGAGGAACUAGAAGGACAAACUGAUAUGAUAUGGAAGGUAUUCUUAGGUCAUGUUCCCACCGAGACUGGGCGGAGGCUGUGGACGGCAGAUGGUCAGUCAUCACAGAACUUCUCCCCUGAUACUUUAUAUUUCAUAGGGUUUAAAAAACAUUAUAUCAUCACAUUUAGAAUCAUGAUUAUUGCUCAAUGUGUUUUGGCUUUUCUUUUGCCUCGUGUCGUGUGUUGUGAUUGGCUGUGCCUGGUGAUGAGGUUCUAAUGAGAAGCAGGGAUUUGUAGCGCGUGUUUUUCUUUUUAAUAAUUUAAGGGUCCAACGUUGAAGCUGCUCGACACACACUGUCUGACACCAGUUGUGUGGUGCGACUGAGAAAGAACAAAAAAAAGCUGUUACAUUGCUUGCCACUGCUGCCUGCGCCGUGUCACAGUGGUUUUCUGACGGCAGUAUUGAUCAGGGCAGAGGUCGCCCGGUGCACACUUUACACUUUUUCUUUCUUUCUUUUUUUUGGGCAUAGUUUUUUUUUUACUGAGUUUGUAUAACUGUCUUGUUGUAUAUGGGUAAUCUGACAAAACCCAACAGAGCUGUUGGUUUUUUUGGAUGUCACUUGAUAUGAAUGGAAGUUUAUGGAAAAAUGAGGCUGCUUUGAACUUUGUCGUCAUCUAUUAUCGUCCCAUCUUCCUCCUCAUCCAGGUUUGGGAAGUGGGAGCAAACGUUUUAAAAAUGAAGCUCAGCUGAUCCUGACUCUCAUCGACCCAGGGAUUUAAGAAGUAAAGAAAUACCAUCCCAGACGGUCCAGUUCUAAUUGAAUUUGCCAAAUCCUCUUGAUGUCCAUGUGAUUGUCCAGACAGCCGUAGGCCUGUGUCCAGACACUUGACUUUCAUUAUAAAUAUAGAAGUGAGACCUCAUCUUUACAUAGAGUUCCAUGUAAUAAUUGAACCUUUGGUCGUUUCUGAUUUUUUUUUCUUUACUUUUUUGUGUUCUGCAGUCUGAGGUGCUAUGACUAGUCUCGCCGCCAGAGGGCAGCAGCCCCUUGCAUGUUUCUCUGUUCUUGCCCUGUUAUGGAAACUAGGAGAAAAAUGAUGCCAAACGUCUGUGAAUUGGGAAAGGUGUGUGUGUGUGUGCGUGUGUUUUUGGGGAAGGAGAGGGGGGAGAGAGAGAGUGACGAGGACGAGGGGCAUCUACCGUUACAGGUGUUACAUUUGUUGUGGUGAUAAAUUAUGUUUUACACUUUGGAAGGCAAAGGGCGGGGGUGUGAGUGUGUUUGGCGGGAAAGUGGGGGGGUGAUUAAUGGUCCAUUUAUAAAAAAAGAAAAAAAAAACCAACUCUGUGGUUCAACACCUCCGUUUGUUCCACUGCUACCAAACCACCUGCUCUGUGUGUAAACUCUUCCUACAAAUAUCCCAGAAUCCUCGGUUUUUAAAUGGCAGGAACUCAACCCCAACAUCGGUGUCAAAGGAAACUUAGUUUCCUUUUUUUGUUGUAAUCUUUACCACACAAAAAAGGCCCCCCCACCCCUCCAUGGUAUAACGGACAAUCUGCCUUUUACUCUGGUAUAUAAAAACAAAUUUGAAUUUUAUUUAUUAAAAUUGUAAAUAUGUAAUGCAAUUCAAAGAAAAACGGCUCGGUCUUUGUCUGUUCAAUAUACUGUUUCUAAGCUCCGAUCUUUUGUAUGUCUCAGAAAUGGUUUUUAUAUGUAUUUUUUACAAUAAAUAUGUGUGAGAGCUGUUCUGUGA